ACACAAAUUAAUCUCCGUACGAUACCACACUUAAUACCCACAUCUACGACACAAUGGCCCGCGGAAACUCCCCCCAGACCCAAGUCUUCUACAAGGGCAGCUCAGGCGACCAAUUCACCAUCUUUGUCGAGAGCGUAGAGGCGCUGCAGAAGUGGAAGGCUGACAGCAGCAUUCCUAUGGUUGAGGUUGUUGCUGGGUGGAAGGUCAUGGUACCCGAACACGGCAAGCAGGGUGUGCUCAACACGGCUUCCAAGCAGCAGCUAGAGAAUGAGUUUGGUGCUGGCGCGAAGGAGGAUGACAUCUUCAAGAAGAUCCUCCAGGAGGGUGACGUUCAGUCGAGCGAGAACUCUGAGCGCAUCGGCAUCACCAACGAGACUCAGGGCGGACGUCAAGCCCACUAAACGCCUCGAUCAUGUCUACAGCGUGACGAUGAGCGAACGAUCUUAGUCUUUCUUAUGACUUUCGAUAUGAUAUCAUGACUUGGGAAGGGGUGGAUGGGGUUUAGCUAGUGAGCGAGAGCUGCUGGCUUGCAAGGAGGGAUUGGGAUGACACCUUUUCCUGCAUCCUGCAUGUUUGAUAGGCAUCUACAAUGGAAUAGAAUGUCUAUAAUGAAUUUCUGUCUGGCUGCGAUGGU